AUGUCAGCCUGAACUGGAUAUCUUCUGCUUUCGCCAAAUUACCCCACAACAAUGUCAUGCUCAGACAGCCCGGCUGCAAACUCCUUUUUAGUAGAUUCUCUGAUCAGCGUGGGCCGUGGCGGAGAAGGAACCUAUUAUCCCAACAACAGCGUAUACCUGCCGCCUGGUUCUGAUCUAUCAUACGGCAUCCAGAACUGUGGACUUUUCCCAUCUCUGAGCAAACGCAGUGAGAACAACUCUCAGAGUAUGGUCCUGACUUCUCAUCCCUACAUGAGCGGGAUGGAAGUCUGGUCAGAUCCUCCUAGAUCUUGUCGCAUGGAUCAACCUGCAACCCAGCAAGCAGCAUGUUCCUUCCCCCAGAAUAUCAAAGAAGAAAAUGCCUAUUGCUUAUAUGAUUCUGAGAAAUGUCCAAAAAGCGCGGCAGCAACAGAUCUUUCCACGUUUCCAAGGCUAACGUCAGAGUCGUGCUCCACUAGUGACACUACUACUAACGGCGGGGUUCCUGUGCCCGGCUAUUUCCGUCUGUCCCAAGCCUACCCGGCAUCCAAACAGACACUCUAUAACAACACUGGGCAGGUUGGGGCCUCUCCGUUCGUGCCUCAGUCCCAGAUCCGUUUUGGAACACCCCCUUCUUCAGCUUCGACCCCGAGUGAGUUGGGGAGGAAAGGGAGCGAAGGGACAUCCCCCGGCCAUUUAACUUGCGGUUCCGAAAGGGAAGAGGCAGAAGCUCCAGCUUCGUCAGCCAACGAAGAGUCUUCUCCAGUCCCCUCAGAGAGCAGCAAAAACUCUCCUGAAAAAGAAACAAAAGGGGAAGUGAAAGCUGAAAAUGGGGCUAACUGGCUGACUGCAAAGAGUGGCAGGAAAAAACGAUGCCCUUACACCAAACAUCAGACCCUGGAGCUGGAGAAAGAGUUUCUUUUCAACAUGUACCUGACUCGAGAGCGUCGCCUAGAGAUUAGCCGCAGUGUCCACCUGACUGACAGACAGGUCAAAAUCUGGUUUCAAAAUCGCAGAAUGAAACUCAAGAAAAUGAACCGUGAGAACAGGAUUCGGGAGCUCACAGCAAACUUCAGCUUUUCAUGAUAAACACAGACACUGGUUUGAAUAUUUUAGCCGGAGACACCGGGAAGUUGUGCUAGUGUUACUAAAAGACUACAACCUUUUCCACUUACCUCUGACGUCUCAGCCUUGUGCUGAUUGUAGAUAAAUACGUUUUAUGUGUUUUGUUUUUAUUUGUGGAGCUAGUCUGUCUCUGUAUCUAUAAUAAUAAGUGUGGCCAUCGAUGAGUAAGGCAUGCACAGAAGUUAUCGUCCUAUAUGACGAUUUUCCAAACAACUGAAGAGGAAUAGGGUUGGGAGGGGGUGGGGUGGGGAAGAAGGAUGAUGAACAUGUCAACAAACAUUUAAUUGUGCUAGUUACCAAUUAUCAGCUAAGUAAAUCGAACAUUGUAAUAUUUAAAUACAUUUAUGCUGUUAAAAUAGUUCCAGGAUAAUGUUACUACCAUAUACCGAUAUGUCGAUAAAAGUUAAAUGUGAAUAUACUGUAAAAGUGUGUUGUUACAUAAAUAUAUCACAUGCCAUGAACGGAAGCACCAUUGCACAUUUAAAUGUGAAACAUUGUUGCAAACAUAAUGAAGUAGAAUGUGGGACCUUUUAUUCCGUGCCGCUGAUUCCCUUUUAAAAAGAAAAUAAAAUCAACUAGAAUUAAUUCAUUUUUGAUUUUGAAAAAAAAAGAAAUAUUCUUACUGGAAAACUCAGAAAAUGCUUGAUCCUAUUGCCGCUGCACUGUGUACGUUAGCAAAAUCUUGUGUUCCCUGGAAGAUGAAUAAAACGUAUUUCGUCGGA